AUGUCGACGCAAGAGCCGAUCAGCCUCAACCUACCGCCGGAGUUGAUGGCGCAGGCCAACGGGAAGGCGCCUACCGCAUCCACCGCUCCCCAAAAUGACCAUCCAGAAGGCGAAGCCAUUCGUCGCCAGGUCGAAUUCUACUUCUCUGACGAGAACCUGCCCACAGAUCUCUUUCUCCUCCAGCAAUGUGGCGGAUGCGAGAACAUACCUGUGUCCAUCAGUCGCGUUUGCGGCUUCAAAAAGAUGAGGUCCUACAAGCCCAGGGCGCUUGUCGUGAUUGCACUACGUAAGAGCGCGUUGCUAGAGGUCUCCACUGAUGGCAAAACGAUCAAGCGCAAGGUGCCUCUGCAAGGCAAGACCGUCCUCGACAAGGAUUUUUUCGAGGAAAACGACGACAUUGCUUAUGAUCCGCGUACGCGCAAGCCCGCGGUGUACCCUGUCCCACUACAGCCGCAGCAGAAGAAAGUCUACCCAGACGGCACAUCCAAGAACAUGCUGAAGCCCACUGGAUUCGAAAAGACAUACAUUGAGCCGCCCAUCAAGCCUGACGAAGCUGAAGAGGAGGACAGGAUGUAUGAUGAGAACAGGCCUUUCGUUGAGCGCAUCGAACUCGCCAUCCAGCGAUUCAAACAGAAGCGCCGCAUGCACGAGAUGUACUCAAAAGUCUUCAACAAACUCAUGAAGUUUGGAGGUGUCGAAUCUGGUCCUCGCAUGUACCAAGGGAUGUCAAAGGCAGAGAUGGAGGGUAUGGGCGCAGAAGAAAUUGCGCGAGCUCUUGCUGUCCACAACGUUCCCUGGGAUCGCGCGGACAAGAAGCAGUGGGUGGUUGAUUUCGCUGAGGUUGGUGCUGCCUUCCUGUCUUCAUGGUUCCCUACAACUUACGGACACGCCCCCGACGGCAUCAAGAACGCCUGCCAGGUCCUUCGUUCCUUCUAUAACUACCUUCGAUAUCACAGAGUAUGCCCAGAAUAUGACGAACAACUCCAGCGCGCGCUUGAUAUGUGUGACACGGCCGAACGCGAGCUGGUGAAGGUCGAUGCUGCCGGUCUCGCCCUUCCUGGCGAUUUCAACAGAUCUGCGAGUUCCUUGAUUGGUGGAUCGCAUGCUGGACUGUAUACCGGCGAUAAGACUUGGGCUCAAGAGUUGCAGAAACAGGGCGUGAGUAUCAACGAGAUUGGUAUGCGAGAUGAAGAAGCAAGAAUCAAGUUCAGUACAGGCAUCGCUGCCUUGGGAACAGACGAGCAGCAGCAUCUUCUGGGUGCUACGAACCUCGAGAUCGCCAAAGAGGAGUCGACUGGUCUGGAGGUCACUUUUGUCGACUUGCCCAGCGAGAUCACGAGGGAGAUGUAUGCAAUACAGAGCGAUGUCGUCAGCCAGAAGCUCGGGCAUCUCGAACCUCUCGGCAAGCUUGUCUGUAAGACCUGGUAUGCCGACGAGUGCGAUGAGUGGGAUCUGCCCAAGUGCAAGUAUCCCGAUGGCAAGCCUCACAAGGUGGACGAAAGAAAUUUUGAGUUUUGGGUCGAAGAGAGCGUCUUGAAGGAAUGCUUCAUUGGCAUGAAGAUCGAGGCUCGCAUCCUCGCACUCGAAGGCGGCGUUGCGAUACUGGAUGAAGUCAAGCAGACUCACUGCAGUUUCUACACGUGGCUUCCGAACGAGCUGUGGAUGGAGAAUAAGCCAAAGGAAGUGCGUUGGUUGGCCAAGGGCUUAGCCGAUCCGGAGGAAGCAGAGGUUAACGGGGUAAACAGAGACGGCCAGGAUAAGGUUCAAGAUGGUGACGAGUUUGAUGACGAGUAA